ACCAGUUUUUCCACGUUCUGACCCAAUAUUGUCUGAAGUCAGUCACUGCCCGUCUUACUCAGUGCUUCAUCGUGUUUAUUGUGCCAUGAUGUUGCUGAAGAAAUUGUGCCGGACACAUGCGCUUAACAUUUUUAGGACAUACAGUGUAAAUGGAGGCAAGGGGGGACCACCUAAAAUUUUAAUUACCGGAGGCCUAGGUCAACUCGGCGUUGAAUGCGCCAAGUAUCUUCGAGGAAAAUACGGCCAGGAAAAUGUCAUCCUCUCAGAUAUUAUCAAGCCAACUCCAGAUGUCGUCAGAGACGGCCCUUACAUCUUCGCUGACAUCCUCGACUUCAAAGGCCUGCAGAAAAUCGUCGUCAACCACAGAGUCGACUGGAUGAUCCAUUUCUCGGCAUUACUCAGCGCUAUUGGAGAACAGAACGUUCCUUUAGCUGUCAGAGUGAACAUAGAAGGAAUGCAUAAUGUUAUAGAACUGGCGAAGCAGUAUAAAUUAAGAAUCUUUGUACCCAGCACAAUUGGAGCCUUUGGCCCUGAUUCUCCUAGAAACCCUACUCCUAAUGUAACUGUACAGAGACCUAGAACAAUUUAUGGCGUGUCGAAAGUACACGCUGAGUUAAUAGGAGAAUAUUAUUUUUAUAAGUUUGGGUUGGACUUCCGGUGCUUGAGGUUCCCGGGAGUUAUCUCUAGCGACCCACCUGGCGGUGGCACCACCGACUACGCCAUAGCAAUCUUCCAUGAUCUCAUCCGCAAGGGCAACUACGAGUGCUACCUGAAGCCUGACACACGUCUCCCUAUGAUGCACGUGCGAGAUGCCCUGCGAGCCCUCUCCCAGUUCCUUGAGACUCCCAACGAACUCCUCAACAGGAGAGUCUACAAUGUCACCUCUAUGAGCUUCACGCCGGAAGAAUUGUCUGAUAAAAUAUCUAAAUAUCUUCCUGAUUUGAAGAUCACGUACCGCCCUGACAGCAGGCAGGAUAUUGCGGACUCCUGGCCCCAAGUGUUCGAUGACAGCGAGGCUCGUCGCGACUGGAGCUGGAAACCUGAGGUGAACCUCGACGACUUGGUGGCUCUUAUGAUGAAGGAAGUCAAGGAGAAGAUCGCUGCUAACGGAUUUUGAGUUCACAUAAUUAUGCAGUCUUUGUAAUGCUGUAAGAGGCGUGAGUGCACGCUCAUAUUGCGCGUGCAGAGGGCGUGCGGCGUGCAUGUCAAACAAUGAGGAGGCACACUGACAAUUUAUCCCGCCAGGCGGCGCCUGUGGUAGUGUUUAGGCAUGUCACUGUCAUUCAUAUGUGAGAGAGAUAAAAAACAUAUCAUCUCGCUAUCACGUAUGAAAUUCUUUAUUUGUGCAAAGGACUAAUAGGGUGGCGCCAUCUGUCAUAACCUUGGAGUGUGCCUUCUCAUUGGAGCUCAUAUAAGUGUCCCGAGUUGACGCACGCUCGCCGCCCCGCCGAACGCUCCGCUCCGAGCGUCCACUCAGGCCUUACAUUAACGAUUUAAAAGUGGUGCAGCGAUGCCUUAGCCUUUUCUUAAGCCUCCGCCACACAUGAUGGAGUUUUGAGAGCGCGGCGCGAUGCAAGCGUGCCGCCAGCGCCCGCGCCCCGCUCACGCCACGCUUUCAAAACGCUCAUGUGUGGCGGAGGCUUUAGGGAGGGCCGAUUGCAUCAAACCGUCUGCAAUCGUAACUAGGCAACACAUUGGUUAGAAUUAUUCUGUCACUACUGCUUGGCAAAAAAAGAGUAGAAAUGGAACUAUUAUUUUCAUUAUAGAUAGCAACACUACCUGUUCUCAUACAAAAAUGAAUCAAUAGUUGCCACAUGGGCAUUUUCGCGAAAAGAUUCAAAACUUUUUUUUUCAAAAUAGGUCAAUUUAAUGUUUUUCCUAGGUAGAAUCACGAGCCCUUUCGAUCCUACUAGGUAAAAAAAAGCGUCCCAAAUUUAAUUUUUCCACUUCGUUACCAUUAUGCAAAACGGUUUUCGUAGACGAUGGCGCCCCUAUUAUUUUCUAUGUAAACCGUUACCCCCUUAUUCAUAAACGUGCUCUAAAGUUAUCAAGCCGAUGAAGUUCGUUUGAAAAUGAAAAAUGAAAAUGAAAUAUUUAUUUUUCAAGUAGGCAUAUUACAAUUUUGUUUGUCCUUUUCCAUUACACAUAUACGUCGGAAAGGGACAAACGAACUUUAUCCCUUG